AUGGAAGCGGUUGAGGAGAAUGAUGCUAGGGUCAAGGUUUAUAUCACGCAGAGCCAGGUGAAAUGCAACUUUUGCAACGGAUUUUACGACUUUGGCAGUGAUCAGCCCGUCUGCUCCAUCUGCCACGCCUUCGUCUAUGACUUCUCCACGGAAUCCCUCGACGACGGGUGUUCGGCGAAGGAAAAGGAGGCCUCAAACGACAGCGGAAACGAGGAGCCCGAACGCGUUUCCGACUUCUUCCCGCUAGGCGUCUCGCAGGAGAACCUUUUCCACCGAUAUUCACCGAACACCACCACCCCUGCCAGCGCACCCGCCCCCUCGUGCGCGUUUCAUGCUCCCACGCACCCGCGCCCCUCC